GCCCUGGGUUCCCUCCGCGGUCCGCACUGGUAAAGCUAUCCUCUUCCUUCUUGACCCCUGGCGGUUCCUCCCUCCCUUCCUUCCCUCCCGCUGCCGCCGUCGCUUCUGGCACCACUGCUCCCGGAGGAGCCUUCCGGCUGGGUGAUGGGGUCUCGGGCCUCCACGUUACUGCGGGAUGAAGAGCUCGAAGAGAUCAAGAAGGAGACUGGCUUUUCCCACAGUCAGAUCACCCGCCUCUACAGCCGGUUCACUAGCCUGGACAAAGGAGAGAACGGGACUCUCAGCCGGGAAGAUUUCCAGCGGAUUCCAGAACUUGCUAUCAACCCAUUGGGGGAUCGGAUCAUCAAUGCCUUCUUUCCAGAGGGAGAGGACCAGGUAAACUUCCGUGGAUUCAUGAGAACUCUGGCUCAUUUUCGGCCCAUUGAGGAUAAUGAAAAGAGUAAAGAUGUGAAUGGACCAGAACCACUCAACAGUCGAAGCAACAAACUACACUUUGCUUUUCGACUAUAUGAUUUGGAUAAAGACGACAAGAUUUCCCGUGAUGAGCUGUUACAGGUCCUACGCAUGAUGGUCGGAGUGAAUAUCUCAGAUGAACAGCUGGGCAGUAUUGCAGACAGGACCAUCCAGGAGGCUGAUCAGGAUGGAGACAGUGCCAUAUCUUUUACAGAAUUUGUUAAGGUUUUGGAGAAGGUGGACGUAGAACAGAAAAUGAGCAUCCGGUUUCUUCACUAAAGGACUGAGAUCAAACUGUUUCGUGCUUUCUAGUAUUUAAGAACUGGAACCUGAGAAUCCUCCUGUCCACCAACCCCACCUCCAUUCCAUCAUUCCCCUUCUCCCUAAGUACCAAGGCUGUUGCAUGAUAACUCAGAUAUGUUCUAUCAACACAAACCUGCCUUUGGUGUAUAAACAGGGCAUUAUAGAAUGGUACACCUGGUCUAUAUCUGUUCAGUAUCAUUCACUGGUUAUCUCCAUUUCUAAAUAUUCCUAACCCUUCCCCCACCCCGGUUCUGCUACUGAAUGCCUCAUGUCCAUCUAGUCUGAGAAAGUGAGAGAAGGAAUUAUGCCAAGAACUAACCAGCAAAGCUCUUUCACUGGAUGUAGACUAUAGCCAUGCCACCGUCCCUCCAGCUAGGCUUUGGCAUGCUCCUCCAUCCUUUUUUGUAUGUCCUUUGCUUCCUACUUCUCUUUCACCCAAUACACCAUUCACUUAGUCUUUGUCUCUCUGCUUUUUAUUAAGCUUCAGCCCCCUCUGUUCUAUUUGGCACUCCAAGCUAUGCCUGUUCAAUGAAUUUCUGACUUGGCAGGAUAGUUUGGUGGUCUGAAGGAUUUUAAUCUACUGUUACUCUUGAAUGGUCUCUGGGAUGUUGCCUUUCCAGGAGCUUUUCGAUAACAACACUGCUCUCAGAAGAAUGAGACCAUCUCUUGGUCCCUUGCACUCUGCUGUGUCAUCAAAAGGCCGUGGGCUAGAGAUGUUCUUCUUGAAAGGUGGUGGCCUUGUUGAGAGAUGUAGAGCCAAGUCUUUUCGGUGGCUUGCCCAGAUCGCUCUACCUCUGGCUUCUGAUUCUCAACAUACAUACCUACAUGGCUACUUUUAAUAGUACAGUGUUGUUUUUUCAGAAAAUAGCCACAUGCUGGCAGGUUGGCUUAGUUUGGGGACACCAAUACCACCAGAAUGGCUGCCCUGACAGUAUGCUUGGGGACUUUCUCGUGGCUUUUUGAACAAGAAGGCUGGGCACCCUAAAAGCCUCACGUAUUCCCACCUCUGCAGCAUGGUUUAUACCUCAGUGUUAUGUGCCCUGGAAUGUUUCUCACUUCACAUUUCUAGGUAGAAAGAUUAGUGUUAUGGAAGUGCCUAACUAUCCCAGUCCAAAAGAUUUAAAGAUUGUCCUCAGUGUCUUGAAGUUUUGUACAAAAUUCUCUAUGAAUUUUACAUUUGGCAAAUGUUAAUGCUGGAAGCCAUAGUCAGCCCUUAAUACAGGUCCAAAGCAUUGAAUGUAUUGUAUCAUUAGCUGCCUAGUUACACUGACUUCCUAGCUCCUCUCAGACCACUGCUAAUCCCUUAGAAACGAGGGGUCUGGCAUUGGUAGCAUAACCUGAGGUGGCAUUACAGGCCUUUGCACGAGCCAGAGCAACUUCUCUGCCUAAGUCAGCUAAAUGUAGACCUCAUUGAAUCAGGCUGUUGUCCUAAUGUUGGUCAUUUAUGAGUCUGUUCAUUCUUAUAUCUGCCCUUAGCUGAUUUUCUGACUCAUUGCUUGCUGGCUUGUUUCCUUGCUUUGGAAGGCUAUCCAAGAUGUAUACACAAUACUUUCAGAAGGGAACUGCUAAAACAAAAAACACCACAAAGGGAUUGGAAAGAGGGGAACAGAGCAGUAGUCAGGCUAGAUAACUUAAGUAUAAAUGACUGAGGAAUUCUUGAUGAAGUAUCAGUCUGACUUUGUGAUCAAAUGAUAUAAUAUAGGAAUUGUGUAAAGGGAAGAAUAAUCUGACAUUGAUUUGUUAGAGAAGUACUUCAAAGGCUCCUUGACUUGCAUAUUUAAAAUUCCUAAGAUUAUGGCUUUUUCUUCCCUUUGGCUGUAUAGCAAACUGUUUUAAUCCACAGUUGUGCCUUAUCGUUCCAUUAAAACUGUAUUCUAUCCAUCAAUAAACACUUGUGGUUAAAACAAUA